AUGCGGGACAGUUUCUUGGCUAUUUCUAAUAUGGAAAAACCGGCUGUCACUCAAAGCAUCAGUAAAGCUAGGUCAGACAAAAUAGAACGAAACAGGGCAGCUCUGACAUCUAUAAUUGAUAUUAUUAUCACUCUAGGUAAAAGAAAUAUAGCCUUUAGAGGUAACUGGAACAAGGAAAUCUCGGAAGAAGAUGGGAAUUUUAUGUUUUUUAUUAAUUGGAAAGCUACCUUUGACGAAACAUUGAAAUGGCAUAUUUCAAAAGAAAACCCUUAUGGUAAAUACCUUACUCCUCGAGCUCAAAAUGAAUUCAUCUUAUGUUGUGAGCAAGAGAUUAGAAAAAACAUUCUAAAGCGAUGUGAACAAUCUCCCUUUUUUAGUGUUAUGGCGGACGAAUGCACUGAUUGUUCAAAUCAAGCCCAGCUCUCUAUUUGCAUUCGUUACAUUUAUGAAGACAAUAAGACAAGUCAAGUGACGGAAGACUUUUGCGGAUUCAUUGAACUAAAAAGUACUGAUGCGAAAACGAUUUCAAAUUGCAUAUUAGAAAAUCUUCGUAAAUGGGGCUUCAAUUUAGCCAACCUCAGGGGACAAGGUUAUGAUGGUUGUUCAACUAUGUCUGGUGAGGUUUCAGGUGUGAAAACACGUAUUAUCGAACAACUGCCAAACGCCAAAUACUUUGUGCAUUGCAGAUCCCAUUGUUUGAAUUUAGUUAUUGUCAAUAGUUGUCAAAAUAUUCCAGUGGUACGAAAUUUCAUGGCCAUUCUUGGGAAAAUCACAUGGUUCAUUAACGGUUCUAGUAAAAGAAAGAACAUUAUGAAAUCAACGCUAGAUCUGCCUGCAGAAUCUAAUUUAGAAUUUGACAUGCUGUAUGAUGAAGAAGAGCGUGUUUUUGAUCAGGAAAAGCGAUGUUUGCCAACACUUAGCGAAACUAGAUGGACCUCUCGCGUAGACACUUUAACAUGGCUAUUGAAACACUAUACUAAAGUUCUUGACAUUUUACAAGAAAUCGAAAACAAGACAGUUGGACACUCUGAUGCAACUGUUUACAGCACAACUCUUCAGAAUUUUGAAAUACUACAGGUAGCCGUAGUUACACAGUUUGUACUUGGAUACAUUCGACCCCUGUCAAUUGCACUGCAGUCAGUUAAUUGUGAUUUAGUUGAGGCUCAUACGCAGGCAAGACUUUUAGUGACAACUAUGACCGUUAUUCGUACAAAUUAUGACAAACAAUUUCAUGAUUUGUUUCAAAGGGCGUCUGCUAUUGCUACAGAAAAUGAGAUAACCGUGAAACCGCGGACAGCUGGACGACAAAGACACAGGGCAAACGCCGCAGCAGAAACCGUCGAGGAACACUUCAGGAUCAACCUGUUUAUUCCUUUCAUUGAUCAUGUCAUCAGCCAUUUAAACAGCAGAUUCCCAGAGGAAGUAAAACCUGUACUUUUCGGAUUUUAUUUAAUGCCACGUUUCCUCCAAAAACUUAAUGACGAUAUAGUAGAAAUAAUAAUGGAGGAGUAUAGAAAUGACAUUCCGUUCCCUGACGAUUUUCAACAGGAGCUUCAUCGAUGGCGAAAUUUCGUGCAACGCAGUCAAAUUCCUGAAUCAUACUCGGUUGAGGCCGUUCUUAGUUUCACAUCGGACUACUACCCAAACAUUCGACGUAUUAUGCAGUUAUUGUUAUGCAUACCGGUUGGAUCAUGUUGCUGCGAGCGUUCUUUUUCAGCUUUAAGGAGACUGAAAACCUGGAUUAGAUCAACAAUGACAGAAUCACGCUUAUGUGGCCUAUCCAUGUUACAAAUACACAGAAGUGACGACGUUGGUGAUAUUGAUAAGAGUGCGGUACUCAAACGGUGGGAUGCAUCUGGUCAUCGAAAGAUUGAAUUAGCAUUUGAUGUUGCACCUGAGUCUGAGGACUUGUGA